AUGUAUAGAUCCACCAUUGCACAAUACAGGCUUAUAAUUCAUGGUAAAACUGAACACAUAAGCUACAAGGGUGACUUUCUAAUUUUCCAUUUCGACUUUAGAAGGUUCACCACACUAAUUGAUGUUGAGAAGCUCGACGAAUCAAUAUUAUUUGAUGUCAUUGGGAUGGUGGUCGAGAUAAAUCCAAUUCAAAUGAAGAGCGUCAAAAGAGUACAAACUCGCAUGAUAGCAUUCUCACUAAUGGAUCCAGAGGGAAACAUUAUGCCCUGCACUCUAUGGGGGACAUAUGUUGACCAAUUCCUGAACUUUGAAAGUCAACUUGCCCACAAUGGCAACCCAUGGACUUUGAUAAUUCUAUUAUGGCGUUCAAGAUCAUGGGCAGGAGAUCAUGCUGGUGAUAAGGUGUUGAUUCCAAGAAUGAUCAUAACUCCUUCUAAUGUUAGAAUUCCUUUCAAGUUCCAGCGGCGGCAGAGACAAUCCUUAUCUCAUGUUGGCUUAUAUCUUAAGAAACCAGUGUUCAGUCAUGGUCAGUUAUAUGUUGUUGUCUCUCGUGUCACUAACCGAAAAGAACCGUCCGGAAUACCCGGACAGGUUCGACUGGAACAUCUCAAACCUUCUGAACUUCCGGACUGCCCGGACUGGUUCGACUAG